AUGCGUUUCUCCGUUGCCACCGUUGCUCUCUUCGCCAGCCUUGUCGCUGCCAUCCCCCAGGAUGUCGAGACCGUCUACGCCACUGAGGAUGUGACCGUCAUCUCUUGCGCUCCCACCGUCACCAACUGCCCGGGACGUGUCCACUCCACCUCGACCCCCGAGGCUGUCGCUGCUACCACCACUGAGGGCGUCUCUCCCGUUGCUACCACCACCUCCGUUCCCGAGGUUCCUGCUUCCUCCGCCACCGAGAAGCACACUGCUACUGCCGGUGGUGCUCCCCCCGCCGCUGCCAGCAGCUCCGUCACUGUGAUCGCUGUGACCACCUGCAUUCCCACCGUCACCUACUCCACCGUCACUCUCGGUGCUGGUGCCACUGGCCUCCCUGGCAAGCCCGGCAGCGGCAAGCCCACCAAGUCCGCUGCUCUGAUCCCCAGCGGUGCCGCCGCUGUUGGCAGCGGUUACCCUAGCGGCAGCGCUACCCCCUCUCCCUCCCCUGCUCUCUACACCGGUGCUGCCAGCGCCGUCAACGGCAACUCGUUUGCCUUCGCUGGUGCCGCCGCCGCCGCCGCUCUUUUCCUUGCUUAGAUUCCCCUUCUUGUCCAUAGUAGCCCCGGGUCCUUCAUGAGUCCGGCCCUUGCUACGGGCGGGGAAAAGUAACCAGGACGUGUGUGAAUGGAUCAAGAGAGUCGGGGUUUGUGCCAUAAUUAGUGUCGAGGUUUUGCUUUCUGGGAGAGAAAUCCGAUUCGUUGCUUGAACAUUUUUUUUUUCUUGUCUUUGACCUAUCUUACUUUCUCUCUACAUGCUUCCUGGAACGCCUUGGAGUUCAGUGAAGCCUUUGGUGGCUGGAUACGAUUAAUGUAACCCAUGAACGCUUUCACAUACCCAAAUCGAAGCAGU